GGCAAGAAAACACAGCCAGGAAACAGGAAAUGUUGACAUGCAAGUGAGUAAGUAAGGAAAUCAGGGCACGAUGGCAUUAUGCCUUCACUUGUCCAAGUUAAAGGGCAACGAAAAGGCUGGGAAAUGUCCUUCCUCCUAAUUUUACUGGCUGCUGUGUUUGCUGGAACUGUGAAUUGCAAAGACUAUAGCUCUUUUAGCAAGGACCUUGAAGAUGGUUCGUCUUGGGAUGUUUUGGAGGAUAGCUCUCUUCUAAGUAAUGGUUCAGUGGACCUGGAAGCUGAAACCCCAAAUGAAUACAUUGAAAAGGAUUUGAACAGCUUAGGCAGAUCUGACUCCGAUGCACCAGGCGACAGUCUAACCCCUCCUCCGAAUGGGCUGCAUCCUCUUUUCUCCAGUUCUAACAUCUACUUAGCAAUUGCUAUUCCUCUUGUGCUUCUACUAAUGCUAUUGGCAGUUGUGAUUGGAGUGAUGAUUAAACGCCGUAAAAGAAAUCCUAUGACUUUAGCCUACAUGAAGGAUUUUGAUCAGUUACAUGGUGUUGACACAGACACUGUGAAGAUAGAAAGCCCUUUGUUUGAUGAUGACAUCCCUUCUGUUCUGGAACUAGACAUGGAAGAUCUGGAAAAAUGGAUGGAUACUCCAAAGAAACCUUCUGAUUGUGUUGGUGUUGCAGCUGAGACUGAUGGCUUGCCUUCUGUCAAAGAAGAAACAGAUUCCAAACUCAGGUAACGUGGAUUUCCUGUUGACCCAGUGUUGAGGGCUGAAGUGUAAUGCUGGCUCCAGGGAUCAGCCUAUUUGCGGCCUCCCUGGCGCAUCAGCACACACAAUGGCGGCGAUGCUGGCUCCAGGGAUCAACCAAACUGCAGCCUCCCUAGAGCCUCAGCAUGGCAACUGUCUGGAAUGGGCUGGGUGGGGCACUUCGCAGGGGUCAUCAGGUGGGGCACUUCGCAGGGGUCAUCAGAUGGGCACUUCACAGGGUUCAUCAGGUGGGGCACUUCACAGGGGUCAUCAGAUGGGCACUUCACAGGGGUCAUCAGGUGGGCACUUCACAGGGGUCAUCAGGUGGGGCACUUCACAGGGGUCAUCAGGUGGGCACUUCACAGGGCUCAUCAGGUGGGCAUCUCCCGUCUUCUGUGUUUCGUCGACAAGCCCACAAUACCCCAGGAAGGCUUGACAGUGAUGUUGUCGUCACAGCACCACUCCCCUCUAUCCCCCCCACCCAACCCGUCCCAGUUUACUUAUCUUAGCCAUCCAUUCCUAUUCAUUUAUGUUAAUGUCUCUCUGCCUCCGCGGAUAGAGCCUUCACUAUACACCGCAGCUUCUGUCCACUGAAUCCAGUAUCCCAUAGUGAUAUUCUGAAUGCUGCUAGCCUUAUUCAGCAUAUGCAGUUUUUAUGCAGUAUUCAGACUAUUACCAAACUAGUAAAUGUGGGGAGUUUGUGUGACUGGAUAUGUCAUUAUUAUCUUGCAUUAUACAUUCCCAAAUAUGACCUUUACUGUUUGCAUAAAAAAAGUAAAAUAACAAAGUCUGACAUCUGUUUCUUGUGACAAUUUCUACCUGUUGCUUCUAAUCAAUUCAUUGAUAUGUUGAGAUUUAUUAUUGAAAUGCAGAUGUUCAAUAUUUGCAAAAAGUGUAUUAAAUAAUAACUCAAUGCCCCCCCCCUUUUUUUU